UUUUCAACAUUCAUUUGCUACAUAACACUUUGUUUUUUCAUAAUGAAUUCUGAAGUAAUGAAUGAGAAAUUCGUAUCAGAAAUAUUUGGUGAUUCUAAAUUUUAUCACCAACCUGUGAAAGAAAUAGAGGAAAAAUGGAAGCUGGUGCCUGCCUUUCUGAAGAUAAAGGGAUUAGUUAAACAGCACAUUGACUCUUUUAAUUACUUUAUAAAUGUUGAUAUCAAGAAAAUUGUAGAAGCAAAUGAUAAAGUUACUUGUGAUGCAGAUCCACUUUUCUAUGUCAGAUAUACAAAUGUUCAUGUGGGAACUCCUGAUGUAGAUGAAGGUUUCAACAUCAGUAAACCUACAACCCCUCAUGAAUGUCGUUUGAGAGACAUGACCUAUUCAGCCCCAAUAUCUGUUGACAUUGAAUACACAAGAGGUACACAAAGAGUGGCCAAAAAAGGACUCCUUAUAGGAAGGAUGCCUAUAAUGCUGAGAUCUUCAAAUUGUGUACUAAGCAAUAAAUCUGAAUUUGAACUUGCUAAAAUGAAUGAAUGUCCAUUAGAUCCUGGGGGAUAUUUUGUUGUGAAGGGGACUGAAAAAGUGAUUUUGAUUCAAGAGCAGUUGAUGAAAAACAGAAUGAUUGUGGAAGAAGGCAAAUAUGGGGUGCAGUGUCAAGUUGUAAGUUCAACACAUGAGAAGAAAUCAAGAACAAGCAUUUUUGUUAAAGGAAACAAGUAUUUUAUGGGACACAAUGUUUUCACAGAUCCAAUUCCAGUUUCUAUAAUUUUCAAAGCCCUCAACAUCAUCAAUGAUCAAGAAAUUUGUGAAUUGAUAGGGAUACCAGAAGUUCAAAAACUCAUCCCUACUCUAGAAGAAUGCCAUAAUGCAAAAAUCUACACCCAAGAUGCUGCAUUAGUUUACUUAGGCAAUAAACUCUUAGCUAAAAGAUAUGCUGUUUCUGCUUCUAAAGUAAAAACACCUUCAGAUGAAGCUAGGGAUCUAUUGAUGACUACAGUUUUGGCACAUGUACCUGCUGAAGGUUACAAUUUCAGAUUAAAAGCAAUUUAUCUAGGCCUCAUGGUGAAAAGGGUGAUUGAAGGACAAACUGAUAAGAAAUUUCUUGAUGACAGAGAUUAUUAUGGUAAUAAGAGGUUGGAAUUGGCUGGAUCUCUCAUCUCUCUUAUGUUUGAAGAUAUCUUCAAAAGGUUCAAUUGGGAUCUGAAAGCCAUUGCAGAAAAAAACAUACCAAAAAUAAGGGCAUCACAGUUUGAUAUUGUGAAAUAUAUGAGAUCUGAUUUGAUUACAAAUUGUCUUGUCUUUGCCAUAUCCACAGGAAACUGGACUAUUAAAAGAUUCAGAAUGGAAAGAUCUGGUGUGACACAAGUUUUGUCAAGACUCAGCUAUAUAUCUGCUCUAGGCAUGAUGACAAGAGUUGAUUCUCAAUUUGAAAAGACUAGGAAAGUCUCAGGACCUAGAUCUUUGCAACCUAGUCAGUGGGGUAUGUUAUGUCCUAGUGAUACUCCAGAAGGAGAGGCUUGUGGUUUGGUGAAGAAUUUGGCUCUUAUGACACACAUAACAACAGAAGUAGAUGAAUAUCCUUUAAUUCGUUUGGCAAAAAACUCAGGGGUACAAGAUAUCAAUAUGGUGGCUAGUUUUGCUAUUCAUUCUCCAUCAGCUUAUUUAAUAUUUCUCAAUGGUAAUAUACUAGGAAUAACGAAUAACUACAAAAAACUCAUCAAGGUGUUCCGACUGACCCGUAGCAAGGGCUACAUAUCUGGCUACGUCUCAAUCUACCCUAACCACUUGCACAAAUGCGUUUACAUUAGCUCUGACAGCGGCAGACUAUGCAGACCUUACAUAAUAGUCCGCAACGGCUACCCUCUCAUCACCGAAAAGCAUAUUUACGAGCUCGAGAAGGGCAUAAGAGUCUUCGAGGACUUUUUGCAAGACGGUCUACUGGAAUUCCUGGACGUGAAUGAGGAAAACGACAGUUAUAUCGCUUGUUAUGAGAGGGACAUCACCAUGCAGACCACGCAUUUGGAAAUAGCGACUUUCACUUUGCUGGGGGUUUGCGCAGGGCUGGUGCCUUAUCCGCAUCAUAAUCAGUCGCCUAGGAAUACCUAUCAAUGUGCUAUGGGUAAACAAGCCAUGGGUACCAUUGGCUACAACCAGAAAAAUAGAAUGGACACUCUGUUAUACAAUAUUGUAUAUCCCCAGGCUCCCAUGGUGAAAACGAAAUCCAUUGAACUCACGCAUUUUGACAAACUGCCAGCAGGUCAAAACGCCACCAUAGCAGUGAUGAGCUACAGCGGCUACGACAUAGAGGACGCGCUGAUCGUCAACAAGGCUUCGAUAGACAGGGGCUUCGGCCGCUGCCUGGUGUACAAGAACAGCAAGUGCCUGAUGAAGCGCUACCCCAACCAGACGUUCGACCGUAUCCAAGGCCCCACGAUAGACCUCACCACCGGCCAGCCGAUCUUCAAGCAUAGCUCGCUGGACGGAGACGGGAUCGUGUCACCGGGAGAAUUGGUCACCAAUAGGCAGGUACUUAUCAACAAAUCCAUACCAAAGAUGUCUUCGGUACCGGGAAGUACAACCACUUCAAUGGAAUACAGGGAGCAGCCAGUGGCGUACAGGAAUGAUGAGCCGAGUUAUGUCGAGAAGGUUUUGAUAAGUACCAACGAGGAGGAUACCACUCUGCUGAAGGUGCUGCUCCGCCAGACUAGGAGGCCCGAAAUCGGGGACAAAUUCAGCUCGAGGCACGGGCAAAAAGGAGUCGUUGGUUUAGUUGUAGAACAGGAGGACAUGCCUUUCAAUGAAUAUGGUAUAUGUCCAGAUAUCAUCAUGAACCCCCAUGGAUAUCCUUCAAGAAUGACAGUUGGAAAGUUGAUAGAAUUAUUGGCGGGGAAAGCAGGACUAACUGAAGGAAAAUUUCAUUAUGGUACUGCCUUCGGUGGAUCCAAAGUAGAGGAUGUGAGCGAAGAAUUGGUGAAACACGGUUUCAACUAUCAAGGAAAAGAUUUUUUUUAUUCGGGUAUUACUGGAGAACCGUUGGAAGCUUAUAUCUACUCUGGACCAGUCUACUAUCAGAAACUGAAGCAUAUGGUUCAAGACAAAAUUCACGCUAGAGGUCGCGGUCCAAGAGCAGUUCUGACAAGACAACCGACAGAAGGUAGAAGUAGAGAUGGCGGUCUUCGUCUGGGGGAAAUGGAACGAGAUUGUUUGAUAGGUUAUGGCGCAAGUAUGAUGUUGGUGGAAAGAUUGAUGGUGUCCAGUGACCAGUGCGAAGUGGACGUUUGCAACAAAUGCGGCAGACUUGGCUAUUGCGGCUGGUGCAACAGUUGCAAGACUUCAGCCGAAGUUUCCAGUAUAACUAUGCCGUAUGCCUGUAAGUUGCUGCUGACUGAGCUGCAAGCCAUGAACAUCACUGCUCGACUGACGCUGAACCACUACUGCGAGUGAAAACGAGGAGGGAAGUGCCUUGAUGACAUUGGAAAAGUCGAAUUCAUCAAGGCACUUUGAGUACCAGGAGGUUUUUUGCUUGGAAGAUCGAUGGAGAAGGAGAAUAGUGGAGAAUUUGGAGAUGCUGGGAUUGAUCUGCCAUGGAUGUUAUGUCACACUGAACUGGGUUUUGAAGCAGUUUAUGAGGACUUGAACAGCUGUCCUCUGUAUUGUAU